CAGACUAAGUUGGCGCAAUAAGUUCGUUUUCUCGUUGGUUGAAGACGCAACACAAAAAGAAAUGUGUUGCAGGUGAUGAAGAUGAUGAUGUGACAUGAUGUAGUGGCUCGAGUAAGGGGACAUAUGAGCGAGCUAUGAGAGAGAUAUGAGUGAGUGAGUGAGUGAUUGAGUGAUGUGAGUUGGUGAAGGUGAAACCCAAGGUGAGAUGAGAGAUGAGAGAUGAGCGAUGAGAGACGCUGUUGCUGUUGAGGUUGGAAGCAAGAGUGAGGCAUCACGCCAGCCAAUCCAUUUCAAUCGAUCAAGACCGAUCGAAGAAAGGAAAGAAAGAGGUCACUUAUUGCCUUUCCCGCCCAUUUCACGAGUUGUUCCUGCAGUCGGUUUUCCUUUCUACGCCCUUGCGGUCAUCUCACAUCUCCAUUUCUCUCACUUACACACUAUGAACUGCUCAUCCACCCACACUCACUCAUCUAAAGCCUGGAUACGCAUAACCACCCACGCCACCUACAGGAACAGGAAUAGCAGCAUCCAACGUGGGAGAUUAGGCUUCGCGCCUGUCGCUGUUGGAGGCCCAGGCCGGCACCCGCCCAGCGCUAGCUGCUCACGUCUAGCGGCACUUGGAAUGAGCAGCAUUCUUCUCCUUGGCAUACUAUGUAUCCGUACACCAUGCACCAUGUGGUAUCCGUCACUUAAACAGCUUUCCCGCUUGCAGGCGCGUUGCAUUGAUCGGCAUAGCCAGCCCGUUUUGGCUUCUAAGUUCUCCCUCAGGUUGAGGGUGACAGUGAGAGGGUGGCAGUGAGAGAGGCCCGGCCUUGCUCGGGCAGCGAUGGAACCAUCUUUUGCCUCGGUCUGGUCGGUCGUCUUGGUCCGUUGUUACGACUGAAAGACUGAGCCGGUACAUCCGCCUUUCAGUCUCCCCCAAUGCCUCCAUCGCCUCAGGUCGACCAAGCCAUUGUCGCCAUUGUCCUCUGGAAUCCUGCCCAUAUCGACCAAGAACGGUCAUGGCACAAACGCCGGCUACAGAAGCUCAUGCCCGGGCUGUCGGUUCGAGGCUCGAGCAUUUCGUCUGGCGGUUUGGAUUUUGGCGUCAGCGCUAACAACCUCGAUUUGGUCUACGUACUCUUAGUAGGCUCCCUCUGUUCUUUUCUUUUUCCUGUAUAGUUAUGCAAUGCAGAAACUGUGCGCACACACACACACACACACACACA